GGCUGCCCGGGGCUCCCACGCUCGCCGCCUGGCCGGGACACAUCCGUCCUGCGGAGUCUCAGAAGAUCCCGCUCCAUCCUGGGGACGCGUCUCCGGAGCCUUCGGCAGCUGGGCUGGGCUCUACGAUGAUUCAGCAACCAUUCGUGCUGGCACCUGUCCAGACUUUGGAUGGCCCUACGUUCAGGUCAUGACCCUUGGAUUUAAGGGAUUCUUCAGGACAAUGUCCAAUAUGAUCCGAGGGAAAAUGUAAUUUGAGCCUGGAGACAGCUGUGUAUAUCAACUAAUAAUAAAAACCAGUAUAGCUGAUAGAAGAGAAAACGUUAUUUGGAAGUUUGCUACAGUUAAGAAGGAAAGCUGUGUCUAGUUGCAGUUUGACUUACCUUGUGUAGCAAACUUCACUCUGGCUUCAGUGAUGGAGAAAAAGCGUAUCCUGUAUUUACUGCUAGUCUUGCCUUUCUUUAUGAUUCUUGACAUAGCAGAAUCAGAGGAGAACACUGAUGGCUUAAGUCAGUUCGGUGUCUAUACUAGAAAUAAAAUCAUGACAGCUCAAUAUGAAUGUUACCAAAAAAUUAUGCAAGACCCGAUUCAACAAACAGAAGGCAUUCACUGCAACAGAACCUGGGACGGCUGGUUGUGCUGGAGCGAUGUCGCGGCCGGAACCGAGUCCAUACAGCACUGCCCCGACUACUUCCAGGACUUCGACCCAUCAGAAAAAGUUACAAAAAUCUGUGACCAAGAUGGAAACUGGUUUAGACACCCACUGAGCAACCGGACGUGGACCAACUACACCCAGUGCAACGUGAACACACACGAGAAAGUGAAGACCGCGCUGAACCUGUUCUACCUGACGAUCAUUGGGCACGGACUGUCCAUCGCCUCCCUGCUCCUCUCGCUCGCCAUAUUCUUCUAUUUCAAGAGCCUAAGUUGCCAAAGGAUUACCUUGCACAAAAAUCUGUUUUUCUCCUUCGUUUGUAACUCUGUUGUAACCAUCAUUCACCUCACGGCAGUGGCCAACAACCAGGCUUUAGUGGCCACAAAUCCUGUCAGUUGUAAAGUGUCUCAGUUCAUUCAUCUUUACCUAAUGGGCUGUAACUACUUUUGGAUGCUCUGUGAAGGCAUUUACCUACACACACUCAUUGUGGUGGCUGUGUUCGCAGAGAAGCAGCACUUGAUGUGGUAUUAUUUUCUGGGCUGGGGAUUCCCACUGAUCCCUGCUUGUAUACAUGCUGUUGCGAGAAGCUUAUAUUACAAUGACAACUGCUGGAUCAGUUCUGAUACCCAUCUCCUCUACAUUAUCCAUGGUCCGAUUUGUGCUGCAUUACUGGUGAAUCUCUUUUUCCUACUGAAUAUUGUACGUGUCCUCAUUACCAAGUUAAAAGUCACUCACCGAGCAGAGUCCAGUCUCUACAUGAAGGCCGUGAGAGCAACACUCAUCCUGGUGCCGUUGCUCGGCAUCGAGUUCGUGCUGAUUCCGUGGCGGCCGGAAGGGAGGGUUGCAGAGGAGAUCUAUGACUACAUCAUGCACAUCCUUAUGCACUACCAGGGUCUUUUGGUUUCUACAAUUUUCUGUUUCUUUAAUGGAGAGGUUCAAGCAAUUCUGAAAAGAAAUUGGAAUCAAUAUAAAAUCCAAUUUGGUAACAGCUUUUCCCAUACAGAUGCUCUCCGAAGCGCGUCUUACACGGUGUCAACUAUCAGUGAUGGUACAGGUUACAGUCAUGACUGUCCUAGCGAACACUUAAAUGGAAAAAGCAUCCCUGAUAUUGAAAAUGUUGUCUUAAAACCAGAGAAGUUGUAUGACUGAUGAUUGAGGGGGUGCUGUGUAGCAGUUUUGUGCCACUCCUAACUGAAGGGCUUGGAUCCAUGACUUGACAACCAGAUGAACGUCUCGAAUGCCACCAAGAAAACCCACACAUUGAUUCAGUAGUGUGUUGUUAAAUAUUUAACAGCUAGCUCUUUGGGAGAAAAAACUGAAACAAAAAACCCUGAUUUAUAAUGUUUUCUAGUUUCUGUGGUGUAUUCCCACCGUGGUUGAUUUCAGUCCACAAAUCUGACAUUCCUGAAUGUGAAAUUGGGAAAAUACAAGUACAAUCAACUGUUAUAGGCUGGUACGUACCAGCUCUAGGGUAUCACUGCGUGAAUUUACAAAUAAGUAGGACUACAAAAGUUCAUAUACACAUUGGACAUGCUUCUACUCCCACUGACUCAUGAGAGCUAGGUAAGGCCUCCAGACUCCAAGGGAAAACUAGCUUUUCCUUUGUUUGUUUUUGAAAUCUUUAUCCCAUGUUCACUGAUGCAGUUGAUUUUUUUUUCCUCCCCAGUAAGUAUUCUAGCCUUUUCUGUAUUUACCCUUUCAAAUGGACUGGAGAGAGAAGUAAUUAUUUCUGUUGGCUUAUCCUUUUCUCUCCAAGAGAAGCGACUGAACAGAACUGCUACUGGCUAUCCACUGGCCGGUGUAGCAGUUACAGCUGAUGCCAUCUGAUUUUGAGAUUCGAUGAGUAGUUUGUAGGACGCGCAAUCCUACUGUGCUAUCACUAGGGAGACACCUUGGUUGAUGUUACAAACAACUUGUCAGCUACUUUCCUAUCUUACUACACAAGUGGGAGGGAAUCAGUUUCCCUGUAUUUGUAAAUAGAAACUUUGCCCCUUCCGUUUCUACUGUGUAGACAAAUUAGCAGUUAUUUUACGUGAAGAAAGUCAGUGAAGGAUUUCUAAUUUUCUUGGAAGUGUUGUGAAAAUAAGCUUGUAAAUACUUUGCUAUUCUAUUUUAUAGUCUUAAAUCAAAUGCAUAUAAUCUAGAUAAGUUUGAAAAACAAAUACAUAAUGUAACAAUGUAUGCUUGUUGAUAUCUGAUACUGUGUCUGGGCUGAUUUUAUAAUAAAAAAGAGUCUGGAAUUCUAUAUUUGGUAAAUAUUUUAAAGACAACCAGAUGCCAGCAUCAGAAGUUUGAGAACCAAGAGAAUAGAAAUAUCUGUGAUACAAUAUAAAAUAUUUAUUAAAAAAAACUCAAGGCCACUGUUUUAUUACAUUAGCUUAGUUGAUUCUUUAAUAAUUUAAUAAUAAGUAUGUUUGACAUAUUUCUCCUUUUAUUUUGACGAGGAACUUGCAUUCUAAUCCAGAAGCUUUAAAGGAUUCCUACAGUAAUAAAUGUCAAAGUGCCACUCUUACGGUUUUUACACCAGUAAAAAUAUUACUUUUCUGACUCUUACUGUAUAAAUAUAUGUGGCUUUGGAAAUGUUCCAGACUAUUUUUUUUAAAAACACAACUAGAGGAAUACUAUGGAUGUGUAUACAUCAUCUACGAUGCUUUAAUAGAGCCGCUGUGAUACUACAAUACUAACAAGUCAGUGAAAGACUCAAAUCUAUCAGUGAGGAAGACUUGUCAGAACAUUCAGGGAGUAAUUAAGAUGGAAGAAAACCUUGCUAAUGAAUUAAAGUGACAUUUAAAUGGGAUUCAUAUUCCCUAGUGUUAUUUUCCACUCCAAUUUCUGGAAAACAAAAAUGCCUUCAAUUAGUAAAAGUCCAUUUGAGGAGAAUUCACUACGUGUAUGUGUUUUCCUAGUGUGUUAAUUUGUUUAAAAUGGAUUAAACUAAUGACUUAGUAAUCAUAGCGUCUUUCUUAAGCUGUCAAUGGAUUGUGAGUUCAGAAGUCAUUUGAAAUUGUCCAGGAAAAUCACCUAAAUCAGCAAGAAUUAACAUAUUAAAUGGUCAUCAAUAGAUCUAUAAUUUAUCUGUGUACAUGCAAAGGUUUUACUGUUAGUUUCAAAUUUGUGGAUUUUAUAGUAACUGUCUUAAGAAGGAAUUAGGCUGUCCUGGACUUGCUAUUAUCUAAAUUAUACAAAAAUUCCUUUAAGUAAACUCACUUUUUUAGCUAUUACUAUUCAAAGACACAGAUUCAAAUCCUUUGCGCAAUACUGUUCACGUAUUUCCUCAUUCUUCCAGACUGUCAAGUGUCAACCUUAAACGACGUGGAAAAUGUCAGAUUCUCCAAGAGCAUUCUGUUCAAGUUACAUGUAAUUUUCCAGUAGUUUUCAUUGUGCUUUUAUCAUAUUAAGUUCAGAUCAGAUUUCCUUUCUGACCGAGAAUCAUCUACUGUAGUCUUCAAAUGAAAGCAUCCAAUAAUCACUCAGUGUUAUUUUUGUACCCAUAUUUUUUAUGAGUAAUAUUUUUAAAUAUUAGACUUUUCUAAAGCUGAAGUGCUAAUUAAGAUCUCCUUUAUGUCUUACUUAUGAAGAAAAGAUAAAAUCAAUACUUUUUAAAAGGAAACUUUUUUGGUAUCUAAAAACUAAUUGGGGGAAUUUCUAACCUUCAAAAUGUAGAUCUGCUAUUUUUCUGUACUUGUGAAAGUUACAUUUUAAUUAAAAAGAAUUCUAAUCUGUCCUUUUUGUAUUUUCCAGUGCAUUUAUUUGUAAAAUGUCCAGUCUGAAACUUGUGUUUGCUCAACUGUAGUCCAGUGUACACAGAAUUAGUGAUAGGUGUAGUGCUGUAAUUAUUGCUUAUAAUUUUUUAAAAUGUGAACUUAUUUUAAUUUUCUUUUCAUUUUAAUCGGCUAAUAGAAACCACCAUUUCUUUUUUCUGUAAGUCAUUAACAAUAUAUUCUGAUCAAUUAAAAUAAGUCAUGUUAUAUCUACUUAAUGUAUACCUUUAUUUUUUGAUUGUAUGAAAAUGUUAAAAGUAUAUGAGUUAAAGUUGAUUUUCACUCA